AUGCAAAAUCCAGAUGAUCAUUCUCAAGUUAUUUCUUCUGAUAUUUUAGUAUCUAGCCUCUUUGCUGGGAACAACUUUUCCCAAGAAGAGCAACAAGCUUUGCAGACAUGGAACCAAUUGAACCACUUAAUUGAUCACACUCAGGGUUUACCCAGUGCAGCAGAAGCUAUAAAGGAGGCUGCCAGUGCAUGGAAUUGUCUUAUUUCCUCAAUUGAAGAGCAAAAACAAGGUCGUGCAAAUGAUAGUUCCAGAAGUAAAGAGAAGCAAUGUCCCCACUUUCUUAAUAAAAUGAAUUCCACUGAACUUAGUAAUAGUAGUUACAAAAUGCAAGUACCUUGUGGCCUGACACAAGGUUCCUCCAUCACUGUAAUUGGCAUUCCAAAUGGUCUUUUAGGUAAUUUUCGGAUUGACUUGACUGGAGAACCACUUCCCGGGGAACCCGACCCUCCAAUUAUUUUGCACUAUAAUGUUCGCCUGCAUGGGGAUAAAAUCACUGAAGACCCAGUAAUUGUCCAAAACACCUGGACUGUAGCUCGUGAUUGGGGUGAAGAGGAUCGUUGUCCAUCCCCUACUCCUGAAAAGGUUGUGAAAGUUGAUGAAUUGGAGCAGUGUAAUAAGAUUGUAGGAAAGAACAUUACCCAACUUCACACUGCUAGCAUGCAUUCCCACACUUCAAGACAAUCUUUAACUACUGAAGAUCAAUCUACAAAUAAGAAAUACUUUCCUUUUAAGCAAGGUUACCCAUUUGUUGCAACUCUAAGAGUGGGAUCCGAGGGAAUCCAGAUGACAGUGGAUGGAAAGCACAUAACUUCAUUUGCUUUUCGUGAAACUUUGGAGCCAUGGCUUGUCAGUGAAAUAAAAAUUUCAGGGGACCUCAAAUUAAUAUCUAUUCUUGCUAGUGGUCUGCCCACAUCCGAGGAUUCAGAGCAUAUUAUUGACCUAGAAUCAUUGAAAUCAAGUCCUAUUGCUGCACAAACCCCAUUGGAUCUCUUCAUUGGUGUUUUCUCAACUGCUAACAAUUUUAAGCGACGAAUGGCUGUUAGAAGAACCUGGAUGCAGUACAAUGCUGUUCGAUCAAAUGUGGCAGCUGUGCGCUUCUUUGUUGGUUUGCACAAAAGCCCAAUAGUUAAUGAAGAACUAUGGAGAGAAGCACAAACUUAUGGAGACGUGCAGCUGAUGCCAUUUGUUGACUACUACAGCCUCAUCACCUGGAAAACUUUAGCAAUCUGCAUUUUUGGGACACAAGUUUCGGCAAAGCUUGUCAUGAAGACAGAUGAUGAUGCGUUUGUCCGGGUAGAUGAAGUUCUAGACUCUUUGCACAGGAUCAAUGUUGAUCGUGGGUUACUGUAUGGACUCAUCAAUUCGGAUUCCAGACCUCAUCGAAAUACAGAUAGCAAAUGGUACAUUAGCCCAGAGGAAUGGAGCGAAGGAACUUAUCCUCCGUGGGCACAUGGUCCCGGCUAUGUGGUCUCACACGACAUAGCAAGGGCGGUGUCCAAGAAAUUUAGAAAUAACCAUUUGAAGAUGUUUAAAUUAGAGGACGUUGCAAUGGGAAUCUGGAUCGCAGACAUGAAGAAGGAAGGUGUAGAAGUUCGGUAUGAGAAUGAGGAGAGAGUAUGUCCUGAGGGUUGUAAGGAUGGUUAUGUGGUUGCCCAUUACCAGGGCCCAAGGGAGAUGCUGUGUUUGUGGCAGAAACUUGGGGAAGGAAAAGGAGCAAAAUGCUGUGGUGAUAGAAAGUGA